AUGUCAAUUUAUAGAUAUAUCGAUCUAACUGGUUCACCUUUGACACUCAAUAUAAAUUCUACUAUGAUUCAAAAUAUAGGGUUUAGUGAUAUGUUGGGAACGGUCAACCUUGUUAUAGACUCGCCACCAUCUUUAAUCAAUAGUUUGGCAUUAGUUGGAUUGACAACUACAGUCACUCCUAGUCUUGAUCAGUUUACGGGGUUGGAAUCAUUAAUUUUGAAAAAUGGUCAAAUGCAAGGUGAGAUUCCAUGGCACAUUUUUGAUAAUAAAUUAUUAUUCAGCCUCGAUAUUGCCAAUAAUAUUGGUAUCAAUGGAACAGUUCCUCAGUCAUAUUGUCCAAACAAAAUAUUAAUGGAAAAUACUGCAAUUACAAGUGCACCAGAUUGUUUAUGGUGUUAUAAAAGAAAUUCAAAUAAUUUCAAGACUACUCUACAAACACCUGUUGGUCUAACAUGUAAUAUUGUUUUUGAAACUACUGAUUUGAUAACUAUUGAUAACGUUGCCAUUGUCCGAGGCCAGCCCAUAGGUUAUGGUGGUUCGUUUGUGGGUGGACCAAAUGUUUUUUAUAGUUUGGAAAUGAUCGAAUACAAUACAUUCCUUUUUACCUUGGUUUCAACUAUAUACGGAGUGAAAACUACUUUUGAUAUGAAAACAGACUCUGAUUAUCCAGAGUAUAGUUAUAGUUUUACAUACUUGGAAACAAUGUUUUCAAUGGUUGAAGAUUCACUUUUAUAUUUAACUUAUUCCGUAAUGAUAAAUGAUACAAUUCCAUGUUCAAUAUUAUCUAUUGUCGGAACUAUUAUUACGUGUACUCCUAUUACACCUGUUUCAUUAGGUCAACAAUUAAAUAUUUACAAUUCAAACAGCUAUUGGAAUGCUAGUAUGACCAUUACAGUCGAAAACGAAUACCCAAACAUCACCCAAUCCACAACAACCAAUGCUCAAAUUGGUAACCAACUGAUUUUCUAUGGUUCAUUUGGUCCAAAUGUAAAUUCAGCCGUUAUAUACUUUAAUGGGAAUAAUUCUAUUUGUAUCACUGGUGGUUCAAUGGCAUCCAUGUUGAUAUGUAAUAUAGCUGCCAAUUUUGUUGGUGGAUUGACAAAUGUAACCAUAGUGGUCGAUGGUUUCACAAGCCCUCCAUUUUUUAUAAACUACGACACUCCUCAAUCCAUAUGUCCACAAUUAACAAAUAAUUGUUCAAAUCAUGGAACUUGUAAAAUUGAUGGUCAAUGUCAAUGUAAUGCUGGUUAUUAUUCAAAUGAUUGUUCAAUUGGAUACCCUGUAUUAUCAUCAGGAACAUAUGAUAAACAAGAUAACAAAUUAAUUAGUUUGUUUGGUAAUUUUGGACCAUUUAAUCAAGUAAAUGCAUCAGUAUUGGUAAAUAGUACUUUGGAUUGUGCAAUCACCUACAAAUCACAAUACAAUAUUAAUUGUACACUGGGAUCAAAUCCAUCAGCUGGUUUGGUAUCAUUCCAAAUUCAAGUUGAUAAUUUGAAUGGUGGUGCAAAGGAUUUGUUAUAUAUUCAUUUAACUAAUAAUGGUACAAAUGGAGGUACAACCACUUCAUCAUCCACGACCAGUGGAGGGGGAGAAACACCAGAAGAAAAAUGUAAAAGAGAAACAUCCAAUUGUUACGGUCAUGGUAAAUGUGAUAUCAAUGGAAUAUGUCAAUGUGAAUUAAAUUAUCAACCAUUAGAUAAUUGUUUGACAAAGAUUAUCAACAACACAAUCCAACCAAACAACACGUCACCAACUCCAGCAUUUAAUAUUGAUGGUGUAACAUUUCUUUUUGAAGUGGUAGCCAUUACAAGAGAUUGCAGUGAUACAACUAUUGCUGUCUAUAAUCUCAACCAUACACUUGGUAACACAACAAUCAUCACAUCAACCAUUUCAUUCUCUUCAAAACCAAGAGAUAUUCCAUUUGGUUCACAGGUGCUCCACAUUAACCCAAAUUCAAUUAAAUUGUCGGUUAAUGUCACUGGUUGGAGAUACGCUUCAAUCUUAUCAACACUACGAGUUAUCUUUAAAACAACGAUCAACAAUAAUCAAACAAUCGAGUUUGAUUGUAAAGAUAUACCAAUUGACAGUUUAACAUUUGAUCAAAUGUCAUCAUCACUCCAAUACCUCAGAGUCAUCAAAGAUAAUAUACAAUUUACAGGCAGAUUUAUUGAUUAUGUAUUGUCAGAUGGAAGGGAAGCAUUCUCUCGAACCUAUGUUAUAAACCAAACAAGUGUCCAAGGUGACGACGAGCAAUCAAACAUUCUCCUUGGAAUUGGAAUGCCUCAAUGUCAAUCAUGUGUUCUCGAUCCUGAUUUUUCACCAUUAUUAGUCGACAAGAGUAAUGAUAGUGGAUGUGACAGCCAAUCAAAUACAUGGAGAAUCAUUGUUGGUGUUGUCGUUGGUGGUGUUGCAUUACUGGCCAUAUCAGCUGCAUCUGUUUUCUUUUAUAGAAAAAAAAGGAUUCUACGUCGACAAGAAAUAUCAAUGCAAAACAAACUAAAGCAAAUGAGAGAAUAG